GCAGAGACUGUUAAUUUUUUGGGGAUCAGCAUUGUUGGCCAGACUAACAAUGGUGGCGAUGGCGGGAUAUACGUUGGUUCUAUCAUGAAAGGUGGGGCAGUAGCAUUGGAUGGUCGCAUUGAGCCAGGUGAUAUGAUUCUUGAAGUUAAUGGUGUCAGUUUUGAAGACAUGUCUAAUGAUGAGGCUGUCCAUGCACUGAGAUCAGCUGCUCAAAGACCUGGCCCAGUCACGCUUGUUGUUGCCAAAUGCUGGGAUCCUAACCCAAAAGGAUACAACAUGACUCCCAUACAAGAAGUUGUGCAUCCUAUUGACCCGUCAGCUUGGGUGGCUCACACAGAGGCUGUGCGAACCAUGUAUGGAAAAAUUAAUCCGCCGAUGCCAGGACUUUGCAAUAAUGAUCCAGCCAUGUUGUCCACGCCUCAAUGCAGUUCCCCUACUCUAGAGCCUUUGACAGCGAGUAGUGAUCCGUUGUUAAUUGUGCAAGCUCUAAUUCAUCCUGAUUCAGGGCUAGACAUUCGAGAUAGAAUGUGGCUCAAAAUCACCAUACCUCAUGCUUUCAUUGGUUCAGAUCUCGUGACUUGGUUAUUAACGCACGUUGAAGGCUUUGCAGACCGUCGAGACGCUCGUAAAUUUGCGUGCAACUUGCUGAAAAGAGGUUUUAUCAAGCACACAGUCAACAAGUUGUCAUUUUCAGAGCAAUGUUAUUACACGAUAGUUGAUUCAUCUCAGCCAGGUAAUGUUGUUUUAAUGCAUGUUUUGUUAAGUUUUUGCGGCUUUAUUUACUUUUGUCGGUGA